UUCUUCUCACUCCGGCGAUUUCACUUUGCCUUUUCAGGGAAAAAUCGAAAACCCUAAUUACCAAAGAUUCACUCGUCUUUGUCAUCUUCUAAAGCAAAUCCUCAUCUGGGUCUCUCCAGAUUUCGAUGAAACUUCAAAAAACUUAGGAUUUUUAAACUCAAAUUUGAAUCCCCUGAGUUUUGGUUUGCCAAUUCCGUAAUGAGCUCAAUCAAUAUCACUAACGUCACCGUCUUGGACAAUCCAGCGUCUUUUGUUAACCCAUUCCAGUUCGAGGUCUCUUACGAGUGCUUGACUUCUCUUAAAGACGAUCUAGAGUGGAAGCUUAUCUAUGUAGGGUCUGCUGAAGACGAAACCUAUGAUCUUUUGGAAAGUGUUCUUGUUGGGCCUGUUAACGUUGGGAACUACAGAUUUGUGUUGCAGGCUGACUCUCCAGAUCCAUUAAAGAUCCGCGAGGAAGAUAUUAUUGGUGUGACUGUGCUAUUGUUGACUUGCUCUUACAUGGAUCAAGAGUUUAUAAGAGUUGGUUAUUAUGUGAACAAUGACUAUGAUGAUGAACAACUCAGGGAAGAGCCUCCAACCAAGGUUUUGAUUAAUAAGAUCCAAAGGAACAUACUCACAGACAAACCUAGAGUUACUAAGUUCCCUAUCAACUUUCAUCCUGAGGAUGAACAGACUGGUGGUGAUGGGCCUGCUCCUGCUGAAUCAUUUGAUCAUUCUGAUGUAAAUGGAGAAGCUCAAGUGUUUCUUGCGCAGCCACAACAGCUCCAGGAGACAUGAUUCUAGUUUGACUUACGCCUAACUGGAAACUGGAUUAGAACUAUCAUCUCACUACUAAUUGAAAGAUCAUGCAUUUGUAUUUUUGUUUCUUUCAUCUAGAACUUGCAAUUGUGUUUUUGUUUGUAGAAAUUUAAGUUCAUUUUUGCAACAUCUCUACAAUGUGUUCAGAGUUUGUAGUGUCCAGUCUUCUUGUUAUGCUAGUCUAAAGUUAAUUGCUUUCUUCUUCAAUAGAUCAUACUCCUAUAAUCCAUGAAGUGUAGAUUCUCCUCAUCUAUUACAAUACUGUUACAGGAGCUGAAGCAAUCACGUGAUGGAAUUCAUCGACGCUCUUCUU